CAGUAGUAUUAAUGUAUUAUAUAAUAAUGUCUAAAUAAUAUUAUAUAAUAUAGUUAUUAUUAAACAAAAUAUGAACGGUACAACUAUGGUGACGGUGAGGUCUGAUAAGUCACGUAGACGUAGGCCAAUCGCUAAUAAUUGGGAAAACCAAAAACAUUUUUAAAUAGCUCCUAAUGAAUAUUAUACUGGUUUGUUCGUGUAUCAUAUUUAUACUAAUAUUGUACUGAUUAGUGAUCACCGGGCACCGGCAUAGUCGGCACACAGACCCAGUUAAAUGUUGUCCAGUUCACAUUUCAAUCUAACCGUUUCAGUCAUUUCAUUUUUGAACUUUUCAGUGUUUCACAUAGGCACGUAACGUACCGUACCUCGUAAUAUCGUGUGAUCUAUUAUAUAAUUGUGUACCUAGUAUAAUACUUAUAUUAUUUAUAUUAGUAUAUACAUUUAAAUUCGUUAAAGAAAAUGUUUAGUAUUUUUAAUAAAAAAAAAAACUCUAACGAUCUACUAAAUGUGUUGGAACAUUCGCCUAAGCCUUCGUCUGCAAUAAAUACUGAAAGUAUAAUUGCAGAUAAAAACUAUGAAGAAAACGAUUUAAAUGAUGUGCCUAUAGAUGAUGAACUUGAUUUGGGUAAUUUAAGUUCAGGACCACGUCAGCCAAUAUUAAAGGAGUAUCCUAAGACAAAAUUUGGAAGUCAAAAUCGAGGAUUUACACCUUCUCACUUUAGUGAGUUUAAUUGGCUCGAAUAUAGUAUUAAAAAAGAUAGCGUGUUUUGUUUUCCAUGUCGUAUUUUUGGAACUGCUCGUCAAACGGAAGAAACAUUUACUAUUAUAGGAUUUAAUAACUGGAAAAAACUUUGUGGGUCAAGAGAUUCAAAGACCAAAAAAUCAAAACUAAGUUUGCACGCUUCAACAAUUAAUCACAUUAAUUGUAUGUCAAGAUGGUUAGAAUAUAAAAAUUCUUUAAAACAAGGUAGUAUCAUCUCCAAAUUAUCAACAGCCAACAAGGAGCACAUUGACAAAAAUCGGCAGUAUAUUAAAUGUUUAAUUGACAUUGUUAUAUUUCUUGGACGGCAGGGACUUCCAUUUAGGGGUCAUCGUGAAAAUGAUGAUGCUUUAAAUAAAGGUAAUUUUAAAGAGCUGUGCAUGUUGUUUUCAAAACAUCAUAUUGAGUUUGAGAAAAAAUAUAUUUUCAACUCAACUAAUCAUACUAGCUGGGCCAUUCAAAAUGAUUUGAUAAAUAUUUGUGCUUCAUAUGUGAGAGAUAAUAUUGUUUCUGAAGUUAAAAAGUGUGGCAUGUUUUCCAUUUCAUGUGAUGAAGCCAGAUCUCAUAAGGAAGAGCAAAUGUCCAUCUGUAUCCGUUAUACAAACAAUUUGGAGGUGAAAGAACGUUUUUUAGGAUUUGUUGAUGUAUCAUAUAGUCAAAAUGCUGAUGCAUUAUAUUCAUCCAUUAUCGACUUUUUACAUUUUUGUAAUUUAUCUGAUAUUCCAAUUGUUGGCCAGUCUUUUGACGGAGCAAAUGUAAUGUCUGGUCAGAAAGGAGGUGUCCAAACUAAACUUAAGCAAAUUUAUCCAUACGCUAUAUACAUCCAUUGCAUGGCUCACAAAUUAAAUUUAGUGAUUGUGGACACAUGCAAAUAUUUGAAAGAUCUUAGAAAAUUAUUUAAUGGACUAGAAGCCAUAUACGUACAUUUCUCAUAUCCUUCAAAAAAUAAAAAAUUCAAUGAAAUUCAAAAUCAACUUGGUUUGAAAAAAACAUCAUUAGUUCAGUUAAGUGAAACAAGAUGGGCUUGUCGUUUUAAAAGUUGUAGCUCAGUCAUACAAAAUUAUGGUGUAUUAAUUCAGUCUUUAAAAGAGGAAAUUGAUGCUCAAAAAAAUAAAGAUGUUGCAGAAGCAAUUGGUAUUAUUUCAACAAUUAAGUCCGAUGAAUUUGUAAUAUAUUUAUUCAUAUUAAAGGAAGUUUUACAAAUUAUUCAUAUACUAUCAAACCAUUUACAAUCAAAAUCAGCAACCCUGGGCAAUUCUAAAUCUUUAAUAACUGGAGUAAUUACAACUUUACAAGAACAUCGUGAUUCUGAACAACAUUAUACUACACUUUGGAAUGAAAUGCUUGAAUUUAGCACUAAAUAUGAAAUUUCUCUUGAAAUUCCUUUGAAAUCUGUACCGAAGAAAAGAUUACGAAAAGAGCCAUCUCAACUCAAAGAUUUUGUUUGUUUGUCAACAACUAGUGCUAGUGAUGAUCAUACUGCAGAUAUUGUAGAAACGAAAAAAAACUAUUGGCAAAAGAAAGCUUAUUAUUGUAUAUUAGAUACAAUGAUAAAUGUUUUAAAAACAAGAUUUUCUGAAGAAAGCCUUCAAGUAGCCUCAUCAGUAGAUAAUUUACUAAAAUUGAAUUUUGAAGGUUCUUCAUUUUUAAUUGAUCAUUACAAGGAUUUAUUUGGAAUUUGUAAUCAAUCACUGAUGUCUGAAAUGUCUGUUUUAAGAAACAUUCUGGGUGAAAACUCUAGUUUAGAGGAAAUAAAACAGCAUUUAACAUUAUAUGAUGGCAAAGUAUUCCCAAAUUUUUGUAAGAUGUUUCAAGUAGCUGUUACUCUUCCUGUAAGUACAGCGACCUGUGAGAGAUCAUUUUCCACUAUGCGACGUAUUAAAACAUGGUUGCGUACUUGUAUGAAUCAAGAUAGGUUCAGCAAUUUAAGUAUUAUGAAUAUAGAAAAAGACAUUCCUAUCAAUAAUGAAGACAUACUAAAUAUUUUUGAAAAAACCGAGAGACGUAUACAAUUACAUUAAAUAUAUCUAUUUAUUUGAGUAAAUAUUUCAUGUUAUAUAAUAUUAUAUAAUAUAUAUAUAAAUGUACUAUGUAUGAUACUAAACUACUUUUAGAAUUGAAUAAAUACAGAUACCAUUCUUAAAAGUAUGCACUUAUAAAUUAUAAUUUUAAAAAAAAUGUGUUGGGGCUUGAGCCCCCCCUAAAUAUUUUUCCUAUUUGCG